UGCCUCUGGAGCGGCGUCCCUUUAUAGCACCAUUGAAUCCGAGCCCCGAACAGAAGUACUGUGAAUCCUGUGGCCUCAUUCUGAACAAAAGGGAUUAGGGAAGAAAAAUCUCUUGAUAUAAGGCUUGUAAGCAAGGGCGGGCAAUCUUGGUUGUGAAUAUUUUCUGAUUUUUCCAGAAAUCAAGCAGAAGAUUGAGCUGCUGAUGUCAGUUAACUCUGAGAAGUCGUCCUCUUCAGAAAGGCCGGAGCCUCAACAGAAAGCUCCUUUAGUUCCUCCUCCUCCACCACCGCCACCGCCACCACCACUGCCAGACCCCGUGCCCCCAGAGCCAGAGGAGGAGAUUCUGGGGUCAGAUGAUGAGGAGCAGGAGGACCCCGCGGAUUACUGCAAAGGUGGCUAUCAUCCAGUGAAAAUCGGAGACCUCUUCAAUGGUCGAUAUCAUGUCAUUAGGAAGCUAGGAUGGGGGCACUUUUCCACCGUCUGGCUGUGCUGGGAUAUGCAAGGGAAGAGGUUUGUCGCCAUGAAAGUUGUAAAAAGUGCACAGCAUUAUACAGAGACAGCCUUGGAUGAAAUUAAAUUGCUCAAAUGUGUUCGAGAAAGUGACCCCAGUGACCCAAACAAAGACAUGGUAGUCCAGCUAAUCGAUGACUUCAAGAUCUCAGGCAUGAAUGGGAUACAUGUCUGCAUGGUCUUCGAAGUACUUGGUCACCAUCUCCUCAAAUGGAUCAUCAAGUCCAACUAUCAAGGCCUCCCAGUCCGCUGUGUGAAGAGUAUCAUUCGACAGGUCCUUCAGGGCUUAGACUAUCUACACAGCAAGUGCAAGAUAAUCCACACUGACAUCAAGCCGGAGAACAUCCUGAUGUGUGUGGACGACGCGUACGUGCGGAGAAUGGCGGCCGAGGCUACGGAGUGGCAGAAAGCAGGUGCUCCUCCUCCUUCUGGGUCUGCAGUGAGUACGGCUCCACAGCAGAAACCUAUAGGAAAAAUAUCUAAAAACAAAAAGAAAAAGCUAAAAAAGAAACAGAAGAGGCAGGCUGAGUUGCUGGAGAAGCGCCUGCAGGAGAUUGAGGAAUUGGAGAGAGAAGCUGAAAGGAAAAUCCUAGAAGAGAACACCACCUCUGCAGAAGCUUCCAGUGAGCAAGAUGGAGAAUGCCAGCCUGAGGUGAAACUGAAAGAGGCCGAGUUAGAGGACACAGCUGAGGAAGAGACAGCAAAGGACAAUGGUGAAGUUGAAGACCAGGAAGAGAAAGAAGACACAGAGAAGGAAAACACUGAGAAGGAUGAAGAUGAUGUUGAACAGGAACUUGAGAACAUAGACCCUACGUGGAUGGAGUCCCCUAAGGCCAACGGCCAUAUUGAAAAUGGCCUGUAUUUACUGGAGCAGCAGCUGGAGGAUGAAGAGGAUGAGGAAGAUGACUGUGAAAACCCCGAGGAGUAUAACCUGGAUGAACCAAAUGCGGAGAGUGAUUAUACGUAUAGCAGCUCCUAUGAACAAUUCAAUGGUGAAUUGCCAAACGGACAGCCUAAGAGUCCAGAGUUUCCCACACCACUGUUUUCUGAGCCCUUAGAACCUGUGGCCUCUGACUCUCUGCUGUCAGAGGGAUCACCACUCACCGAGCAAGAGGAAAGCAGUCCAUCCCGUGACAGAAGCAGGACAGUUUCAGCCUCUAGUACUGGAGACUUGCCAAAAACAAAAACCCGGGCAGCUGACCUGUUGGUGAACCCUCUGGAUCCACAGAAUGCAGAUAAAAUUAGAGUAAAAAUUGCUGACCUGGGAAAUGCUUGUUGGGUGCAUAAACAUUUCACAGAGGAUAUCCAGACACGUCAGUAUAGGUCCAUAGAGGUUUUGAUAGGAGCAGGCUACAGUACACCUGCAGACAUUUGGAGUACAGCAUGCAUGGCAUUUGAGCUGGCAACAGGAGACUAUUUGUUCGAACCGCAUUCUGGGGAAGACUAUUCCAGAGAUGAAGACCACAUAGCCCACAUCAUAGAGCUGCUAGGCAGUAUCCCAAGGCACUUUGCUCUGUCUGGAAAAUACUCCCGGGAGUUCUUCAACCGCAGAGAUCACAUAGCAUUGAUCAUUGAACUGCUGGGGAAAGUCCCUCGAAAAUACGCUAUGUUGGGGAAAUAUUCCAAGGAGUUUUUCACCAGAAAAGGAGAACUGCGGCACAUCACCAAGCUGAAGCCCUGGAGCCUCUUUGAUGUUCUUGUGGAAAAGUAUGGCUGGCCCCAUGAAGAUGCUGCACAGUUUACAGAUUUCCUGAUCCCAAUGUUAGAGAUGGUUCCAGAAAAACGAGCCUCAGCUGGCGAAUGCCUUCGGCAUCCUUGGUUGAAUUCUUAGCAGAUUCUACAAAUAUAGCAUUCUGAGCUAGCACAUUUUCCCAGUGCAUUGGACCUAAACAGUGGCUCUCAUUCUUUAACAGGAUUACAAGUGAGCGGGCUCCACCCAGACCUUUGUUUUGCUUUGAGGUACUGUUGUUUGACACUUCGCUUCCUGUGCACCACGGUCCUGGGGAAGGGUGGUCUUUGUCUUCAGCUAAGUAGUUUACUCGCCAUUUUCUUCUGGAAACAAUAACAUGUCUCUAAGCAUUGUUUCUUGUGUUGUGUGACAUUCAAAUGUCAUUUUUUUUUGAACGAAAAAUACUUUCCCCUUUGUGUUUUGGCAGGUUCAUUAACUAUUUAUGAAGACACAUUUUAGCUGAGUAUUCUAUAAUUUACACUCUUAAGAAAUUAUCAGUUGGAACCAAGAAAGAGCAAGGAAAUGUACAAUGUUAUCUUCUGGCGAAGGGAACUCACUCACCCCUGUAUUAUAGUGUAUGUAACUAUUCAUCUGCAUAGAUAGGGCGAGGAGUCCCACGCAGAAAGCUGCCCAGCCCUGAGUGCUUCUUAGCCUCCAUGCAUGUUUCGGGUUCCCACUGCUUCAAGAAGUUGCACAAACUUUUCAUUCCAUAGCAGUCCGAGUGGCUCUGGAUUAGGUGCCAUGCCCUCUGUGGCCCAGCAAGAGAGAAAAACAUUAAAAUUGACACUAUAAUCUAGCAGUUCCAUUUGUAUUUUGCAUAUUUUUAAAACUAUGUUUAAAAACAUGUGAUGGCCCAGUACCAUCUAGUGUUGCCUCUUCCCAGCACUGUAAGUUAAAUACGUUGUUUAAAUUGGACGAGAGAAAUAUGUUCAGUGUGUGGAAUGAAAAAAAUAAUAUAUUUUCGGCAAAGCAUGAUCAGUGUUUGUUUAAAACACAAGGUGUGUUUCUACCGUUUGCAGCGCAGUGGACAGAACACGCCUCACGGCUUACAGGUAGCCGUGAUCAUGUUCAUUCCACCGGCAGCUUUCCUUGCUACUGCGGCUCCCCUUGCCUUUUCAUUACCGCCCAUGAAUGAGAAGGUCAUGUCCCCUUUGCAGAGCGCAUACAGUUUUAGUUUAUGCAUUUCCUUAAAAUUAACUGUAGAAUCCAGGACGCAGACAUUAGUAGGCAAUACUAUUUUAGAGUGUCUCAUAGGAGGUGUAUUUAACCUCUUUUAGAAGUCAGUGGAUUGAAUGUCUUUUUUAAAAAAUUUUUAUUCAUUAAGGUGCCUCGUUUUUUUUCUUGACUUUGUCCAUUAACAUUUAUCCAUUUGCCUUUGCAAUAAUUAGAUUGUGAAAAGCUAACAAGUGUUGUAACAAUAAUCCUUUGUUUGGGGUGCUUGCACUUGUCUUAAAAAUUAAAGUGUUUUGGGGUGUUUUUCCAGACAUUGCCUUGGUUAUUGCCCUGCAUUGAAGAGUCAGAAUCAACAUACACUGCUGUCAGUAGAGCGCCAACAAAGCUAAGGAGGUGCAGAAUGGAUUUCAUGAGCCAGGCUUAGUUAUAUGUUUCAUCAUAAGUGGGGGGCGUUCUCCCCUGCCCCCAGUCUUUCCUUCUGGGGACAAGACACAUAUCCCUCCUAGGAGUUAACUUCAUUCCGUCACACACUGCAGUGAGGCAGGUACCACUCAUUCAUAAACUGUGCAUGCUGAGUUUUUCUGAUGAGCCUGUGGGUUUCCUUGUGGAGCCUGUGUUAGAUGGUGGCUGUUAAGUCAUGGUUUCUAUAGAAACAUUCCUAUAGGAACCACAGAGUAUGUUUAUGUCUUCCCUACCUCUGAAAGAACUUUUAGUUUUUGAAUGAAAUUUGUCUAAUGCAGUUAGAAAUGUCAAGUUGGAAAAGAAAGCUAGAAUAUUAACCUUGGUGACUCUAUCAGAUUCUUGGUAGCAGGAUGAUAAAGAAUUAAAGGUUGGCUGUGGUGGUGCACGCCUUUAAUCUCAGCACUUGGGAGGCAGAGGUAGGAAGAUCUGAGUUUGAGGCCAGCCUGGUCUGCAGAAGUUCCAGGCCAUCCAAGGCUAUAUAGUGAGAUUCCAUAUUGAAAGCCUAAAAAAAAAAAGAGGAAGAAGGAAAUGAAUAAAAGCUUAAAGUGAACCGCUGGUUAUCUGGAACAUGAUAGUCAACUCAGUCUUUUUAGUGGAAAGACCCUGUGAAAUUUUUAUGGACAAUUAGAAGCAGUGGGUCUUCUAUGUGACUUAAACAGAUUCAGAAGUAGCUAAUCUCAAAAUCCGCAGAACUAUACAGAGACAAAGUGGGCAUUAGGGAAUUUGAAAGAAGUAUACUUUUUAGAUGAUAUCUGCUUGUUUUUCCAUGUUCCCUGUACCGUGCGUGAUUUAACAGGUAUGAGUAAAACUUUUAUUGGAAUAGAAAACAUGUUCAGAUUAUUUUUCUUUUCUUGUUUUUUGAGGCAAGUUCUCAAGCCAUGGCCUUUAACUCAGAGAUCUGCCUACCUAGGCCUUCUAGCCCCCUCCCGUCCCUCGCACACGCACACGCACACCCUCUCUCUUUCAAUUAAGUUUGUAGAGUGUGUCCAUUAAAGAUUCUAUUUAGUUGAUGCCUUUCAGUUUGCACACGAGCUUUCAUUGUGGAAUUACUUUAUAGCUGGGCAACUUGGAAAGUCUGUGGACAGGUGAUUUUACAGAUGAACACUUCUUUGGUCUGUCUGAAAUUAUCAAGGAGGAACAGUGUGAACCCAUCCAGUUUUGAGACUAAGUUUCUUUAUUAAAUGUCCUAAGGUGAACAUUGGCAAGUCAAAGAUGGCAUGGUAACUGGUGUUCUUCAAAAACUUGAAGAUGAUUGGUUUUAAGCCCUGAAUGAGCUGUUUCUCAAAUACCACCAAAGUUAACUUUCAAAUGGGAAUUGAAUGAUAAAACAUGAUUUAAGUCACUAAAUUUUAGAGUUUACUGUUUUUCCUGAUGCAUUUUACAUACACACACACACACACACACACACACACACACACACACACACACACACACAGUGCCCAAUUGUGUCACAUAUUUGGAAGGUAAAUAGGGUUAAGAAGUCACAACUGAUGUAUCUUCUUUCAGUAAUAAAAUAUUCACUGAAGAUCA